AUGCAGAUUAUAAUAAAAAAACUUCAAGGAGGAGAACUCUCUAUUAUGGUAGAAGAUUCAACAAAAGUCAUAGACAUCAAACGAAAUAUUGCGCUAAAGCAUAAGAUAUCAGUAUGUUCACAAAAACUGUUAUAUAUGGGGCGAGCUUUAGCUGACGAGCAGCCAAUAAGUUCAUACCCGUCCAUUAAGGAUGGCACCAAAUUACAUUUGUUGGUUAGAAAAGCAGAAGGGUUAUUAGAAGGUUCCGCUAAAUUCUUCAGAGAAAAGGGCAUGCCUGACGAUCAAGCAAAGUCUACAGCUAAACGAUUGGUGCAGAUAACUGAGGAGAAAUUCAAUAAAAUGUCCUGGGAUGACAUAGAACGACUUGCGACAGACAUCCUGAUGUAUGAAACUGGUGAUUAUCGGCCAUUAAGUGAGUCUGAAGGGGAAUGUGAGGAUAGCUUGGGCUUGUGA